AUGCUGGGCCUCUUUCUGCUGCCAGACUACCCGCUCACGACGCGCUGGCUAACGCCCGAAGAGCGCAAACUAGCACAUGACCGCAUUGUGCGCGAUACAGUUGAGCUCGAGCCGUCCAAGGGUGCACGCUCCGGGCCCAAGCAAGCCAUCCGCGAUCCGCGCCUGUACCUACUGUGUCUGAUGCAGAACAUGCAUGUCUCGGCCUGCAGCUUCAACAAUUUCUUCUCAUCUGUUGUCGCCAGCUUGGGCUUCUCACGCACCAUCACCCUCGUGCUGACGUGCCCGCUGUACCUGGUGUCCGGCGCAUUCGGUAUCUUCAUCGGCUGGACGUCCGGGAAGACCAACGAGCGGACGUGGCACAUCACGCUGUGCAUGGGCGCUGCGCUGGUGGGCUUCAUCAUCUCAUGCGCGACCAUGAACAUGGCUGCGCGAUACGUCUCAUGCAUUCUUUUCGCGUCCAGAGCCUACGCUGUCGAUUGUCAAAGUGGUUGCCAAUGCCAGUUAUAUCUACACUGCGUACUUGUAUCCCAAGUCUGA